CGAUUCGCCGAAGAAUUCCAAGGAGCUCAUCAGAGCUCGCCUUCUCCGCUCUCAUCGUCAGAUCUCGCUCUCGCUCUCGUCCCAGAGCUCGAGCCGCUUCGCCAUGGCGGUUAGGGCUUCUCUCUUCUUCUUGUUUCUGCUUUUGUGCUCUCUCCUUGCUGCUGCUUUGUAUGAGGAUCAAGUCGGUAUUGCUGAUUGGCAUCAGAAGUACAUUGGGAAAACGAAGCAAGCGGUUUUUCACACACAAAAGGCUGGGAGGAAGCGGGUGGUGGUAGCUACUGAGGAGAAUGUCAUUGCCUCGCUUGAUCUUCGCAGUGGCGAUAUUUAUUGGAGGCAUGUUCUUGGAAAGAAUGAUCCAGUUGACCAAAUUGGCAUAGCACUUGGGAAAUAUGUUGUUACGCUGUCCUCAGAAGGGAGUGUGCUUAGGGCAUGGAACCUUCCUGAUGGGCAGAUGUCAUGGGAGACUAGUAUUGAAGUCCUAAAACCUUCCAAAUCAUUGCUUUAUGUUCCGGCAAAUGCUGGAGUGGAAAAAGAUAAUCUAAUUCUUGUUUAUGGUGGAGGAUGUCUCCAUGCCAUCUCAAGCAUAGAUGGUGAAGUUGCAUGGAAGAAAGAAUUUUCUUUAGAAGGGUUUAAUAUUCAGGGAAUUUCUCAGCCUCUUGGUGGCAGCAUAAUAUAUAUUGUGGGAUUCACCAGCAACUCCCAGGUGGUAGUUAAUAAGGUCAAUGCUAAAACUGGCGAGUUAUUGAAUCAUAACAGUGUUGCCUAUCCACGUGGUUUAAGUGGUGAAGUAUUGCAAGUUUCUAGUGACUUGCUGGUGGCACUAGAUGCUGCUAGGUCAUCUUUGGUUACUAUAAACUUCCAAGCAAGUGAUAUCAGUUUCCAUCAUAUGGCUAUUUCAAAUCUUGUUCAAGAAUCAUUUGUGACGGUUUCACUAUUGCCACUAAAUGUGAAUGGAAUGUUUGCUGCAAAAGUUGACUCGACUUUAGUACUUGCAAGAGUAAAGGACACUGGUGAACUGGAAGUAACUGAGAAAAUCAAUGAUCCUUCCUGUGUUAGUGAUGCUAUAUUGCUAACUGAAGGUCAAGAAGCUUUUGCAAUGGUGCAACAUGCUGAUAACAGGAUCCAUCUCAGUAUCAGGGUUAAUAAUGAUAUUGCAACUGAAGUUCUCAAGGAAAGUAUCAGUGUGGACCCUCAAAGGGGCCAUGCCCAAAAAAUUUUCAUAAAUAAUUAUGUCCGAACAGAUAGAUCUCAUGGAUUUAGGGCUUUGAUAGUCAUGGAAGAUCAUUCACUUUUAUUGGUGCAACAAGGUGAGAUUGUAUGGAGUAGGGAAGAUGGGCUUGCGUCUAUUGUAGAUUCUACAGUGUCUGAGCUUCCUGUUGAAAAAGUUGGUGUAUCUGUUGCAAAGGUGGAAGAGAACCUCUUGGAAUGGCUCAAGGGUCACAUGCUUAAACUUAAAGGAACUCUCAUGCUUGCGAGUGCUGAAGAUGUCGCAACCAUACAAGGGAUGAGAUUGAAAAAUUCUGAGAAAAAUAAGAUGACACGUGAUCAUAAUGGAUUCAGAAAGCUCAUCAUAGUGCUGACGAAAGCUGGAAAGGUUUUGGCAUUACACACUGGUGAUGGACGGGUCAUUUGGUCUGUCUUACUACCCUCUCUUCGUGAGUCAGAUGUAUGUGAUUCUCCUAUUGCACUGAAUAUAUAUCAGUGGCAUGUUCCUCAUCAUCAUGCGAUGGAUGAGAAUCCAUCUCUUCUUAUUGUUGGCAAAUGUGGGCAGAGCUCUGAUGCACCUGGUGUCCUAUCUGUUGUUGAUUCUUACACUGGAAAGGAGCUUAACUCCAUAAUGCUUGCUCAUUCUAUAGCUCAAGUUAUUCCAUUGCCCUUUACAGAUUCUAAUGAGCAACGGCUUCAUCUUAUAAUUGAUAGAAAUUCGGAUGGACAUUUAUAUCCUAGAACUCCUGAUUCUAUCAAUGUCUUUCUCCGCGAAAUGUCUAGUAUUUACUGGUAUUCUGUUGAUGCGGAAAAAAGCAUGAUUAGAGGGCAUGCCUUAAAAGGCAAAUGCAAUCUUGACAGUGCAGAUGAAUAUUGCUUUUCAUCCAAAGAGUUGUGGUCUAUAAUUUUCCCUUCUGAGUCUGAGAAGAUAGCUAAAAUUGCCACAAGGAAGAUGAAUGAGGUGGUUCAUACUCAAGCGAAGGUUAAUGUAGAUCAUGAUGUGAUGUACAAGUAUAUAUCAAAAAAUAUAGUAUUUGCAGCCACUGUUUCCCCUAAAGCUUCUGGGGAGAUUGGAUCAGCAACACCAGAAGAAGCUUCAUUGGUUGCAUAUCUUAUUGAUGCCGUGACAGGGCGGAUAUUGCAUCGAGUGACCCACCAAGGUGCACAAGGCCCCAUCCAUGCUGUUGUCAGUGAAAAUUGGGUUGUUUAUCACUACUUUAAUCUCAGAGCACAUAGAUAUGAGAUGUCAGUUAUUGAAAUAUAUGAUCAAUCACGAGCUGUCAACAAAGAUGUUUGGAAGCUGAUACUGGGCAAGCAUAAUUUGACAUCACCAAUCACUUCUUAUUCUAAGCCAGAAGUGGUAGUAAAAACCCAAACAUACUUUUUCACCCAUUCUGUGAAAGCUGUGGCAGUGACAGCUACAGCAAAGGGUAUAACAUCCAAGCAAGUUCUCAUCGGGACCAUAGGUGAUCAGGUUCUUGCCCUUGAUAAGCGCUUCCUUGAUCCUCGUCGCACUCUCAACCCCUCACAGGCAGAGAAGGAAGAAGGAAUUAUACCACUAACUGAUGCUCUUCCUAUAAUCCCGCAGUCUUAUAUCACGCACUCCCAUCAAGUGGAAGGCCUCCGAGACAUAGUAACAAUUCCCGCAAAGCUUGAAUCCACAACCCUUGUCUUCUCUUAUGGUGUAGACCUUUUCUUCACCAGAAUUGCUCCAUCACGAACAUAUGACUCACUGACAGAAGAUUUCAGCUACGCCCUUCUUCUCAUCACCAUUAUCGCACUGGUUGCUGCUAUUAUUGUUACAUGGAUCUUGUCCGAGAAAAAGGAAUUGCGAGAGAAAUGGAGGUAAUCUUUCUCUUUGGAUUUUUGUGUAUCAUUAGCGCUGGGAACAAUUGUUUUGGUAGAACUUCUGAUCUGUAGAUUAGCUUUCAUAGAUUUCUCAAAAGAAUUUUAGAGCUUAUUUUUUUUCGUAUUUUUGUCGAUAUGGAUGUUGUAAUUCAUCCACAACAUACAAACAACAAAUCCUCUUAAGUUCGAUAAUGACCCGAAAAAAAAACAAUUGUGGAACCAUGCUUUUAAUUUGGAUGUGAUGCUACUAGAAUUGAAAAGCUUCAACAUACGUUAUAUCCUUGUCGAUGUUUUCAUCUUGUGGAUAUAAUGAAGUUCCAGGGUGUUGAAA